AUAAGAGAAAAGUGUGUGAACAAGAAGUUUCUAGGAUUUAGGAAAUCAGAAACGCAAUGACUUCGUUUGUGGAUCUUCCUUAUGAUUUGAUCUUGAAGGUGUUGACCUCUAGUCACAUUACUGCGAUUGAUCUUGUUAACGUCAAAUCGACAUCGAAGUUCUUCGGAUUGAACCAACGUGACUUAUUCAAAUCAUUGGCUGAUCACGCUGCGUCUAGGCUAUGCUCUAAGAAUCCUAUCUACAAAGCUUUGUCUUUGGAUAAACAGAACGAACUCGUUGAACGAUGCGAGGGAAACUGGAAGCGAGUUUUGAGUUUCUUGCACUCCAUUGUUGAAUCUUGUGCUAUGGUCAAGACUUCAAGAGGCAAUUUUGAUGAGUUUGGUCAUUGUUUUGAAAAGCGUGGAUUUGGUUAUGAUGCAAUUGGUUUCUCUAUGCAGAUGCAAGUAGCAACGGGGGAGAGCUUCACAAUGGACUCGAAGGUAUACUCUUGUGGUACAAGUGCGUGGGCUCUUGGUCAUGGGAAGGAAACUAGACGAUGUUUUGAAUUGAAGCAUAUAGAUUUACCGUUCUCUGCGCAAGUGAUUCAAGUAUCGACCAGUGACUAUAACGUUGCUUUCUUAAUGCAAUCUGGGGAGGUAGCCACUGGAAACACCUCCACUGUGUUUCUGACAAGGGAAGGGCAUGUGUAUACUGUUGGAGGAAACUUAUAUGGGCAGCUUGGUCAUGGUGAUACCUUGAACAGACAAGUACCCAGCAUGGUUGAAUUACUUAAGAAGGUUGGGCUGGUUAUACACAUUUCGGUUGGACCAUACUAUGUCUUGGCUGUAACGGAGGAUGGAUCGGUUUACUCUUUUGGCGAUGGUUCUGACCUCUGUCUUGGUAAUGGAGAUACUCGGGAUGAACAACUGCCGCAUGCUAUUCAGGCUUUUAAAACCAAAGGUGUUCAUAUACUCCGUGUCUGUGCUGGCGAUGAACAUGCUGUUGCGAUUGACUCUAACGGUUAUGUAUACACAUGGGGUAGAUGUGACAUAGGCGCUCUAGGACAUGGUGACGAGAAUGACAAGCCCACUCCUGAGGUUUUACUCAGCCUUAAGAAACAUAUAGCAGUUCAGGUCGCAAGAAAGUGGAAAACUUUUGUUGUGGUCGAAGGUGGUUUAGUGUAUGGGUUCGGGGCAUUGGGAUAUGGCAGCCUUGGGUUCGGGCAUGCGGGAAUCAUUUUUCAUGCAGUGGAGAAGCCACGAGUCCUUGAGUGUCUGAGACCGCACCGUGUCUUGCAAGUUAGCACCAGUAAGGUUUACACCGUGGUGAUCACGCGACGCGAGAAGGACAGUUAUUUGGGUUUGGGGAUAAUGAAAGUUAUCAACUCGGCUUGCACUCCAUUCUUUCAAGCAAAGAACCUACUGAAAUAUGUAUCAAUUGCUGAUCAAGCUAAUCCGGCGUCUAAUUUCACCGGCGAAAACCCAAAACUUCCCGGAGAAACUCUCUCUGACUUCCUUUCUCACCACCCUGACACUGCUUUCUCAAUGAACUUCGGUGACUCCGCUGUUCUUGCUUUCGUCCGUUCACAAAACUCUCAUCAUCAAAGAGUGUUUAGUGGAAUCGAUGGAAUCUACUGUGUGUUUCUUGGAGCAUUGAACAAUCUCUGUAACUUGAACAAACAAUACGGUUUAUCUGGAAAAACUUCAAACGAAGCAAUGUUUGUGAUCGAAGCUUAUCGCACACUUCGUGAUCGUGGUCCUUAUCCAGCUGAUCAAGUUCUCAGAGGUCUUGAAGGAAGUUUUGCUUUUGUCGUCUAUGAUACUCAAACCUCCUCUGUUUUCGCAGCUCUGGGAUCUGAUGGAGAAGAGAGUUUGUAUUGGGGAAUAGCUGCAGAUGGAUCUGUUGUUAUGUCUGAUGAUAUUAAGAUCAUUAAGCAAAGUUGUGCGAAAUCGUUCGCGCCUUUUCCAACCGGUUGUAUGUUUCAUAGUGAGACUGGUUUGAUGAGUUUUGAGCAUCCGAAAAACAAGAUGAAGGCGAUGCCGAGGAUUGAUAGUGAAGGAGUUAUAUGUGGAGCUAACUUUAAAGUUGAUGCUUGUUCUAAGAUCAAUAGCAUUCCAAGAAGAGGAAGUGAAGCUAAUUGGUCUCUAGCGAAUUCGCGUUUAAUGGAAUGAAGUAGAAAACUUGUUGAAAAAACAGAGUUGUUUGUUUCUUUGAUGCAAUGUUUUGUUCUGUUUUUUUGUAAAUACCUUGGACAAUGCAAACAACAAUAAACAUCUUCAUUAGUG